AUGGACACCUCACCCUUCGCUCGCCUCAGCGGAGAGCUCAGAAACCGCAUCUACGAGCUGGCCCUCCAAGAGGGCAACGAGGAAACCGAAAUCGUCGACCUCGAACAAGGCUGGUUCGACUGUCCCUUCCACCGUAGCAAGGUCAUGAACUCUGCCCGCACAGGCUACGUCUACCCGCUCGAUCCCCUCCGCAUGACCGGCCUCCCAUUCACUUGCAAAGCCAUACGACGAGAAUCGUUGCGGUUAUACUACUCGCUGAACAAGUUCACUUUCGAGACCGAUUAUCUCAAGAGCAAGCACAAAGAUCGCAUAAUGGAGAGGUUGAUCGAGUGGACUAAGAGGAUUGGGGUAUCUGAAGCUCGUGAGAUCAGGGAUGUGACCAUCUCUCUUGCGUCUCUCAAGGGAUCCAACACCAUUCCUCUUUACAUCGAUUGGGAGCAUAUGAAGCUUAUACGGCAGCUCUUUCAUCCACAGGCUAAGUUCAGGAUACGGUUCUAUCUGGAGGGUAACGGAACGGCGACUUUCACGCUAGGUGCGAAAGAGGAGGUCAUGGCGGAGUUGGAGAGGAUGGUUGAGUGUUGGCGGUGGACGUGGCAGAGGGUGAGGAGGUAUGGGCCUGAGGAAUCGAGGCGGGUCGCUGAGAGGUAUAGAAGUGAGGUGCAGAGAUUGCUUGCGGAUAUGCCGGCGGUGGUGUAG